AUGAGCGAUGCUUCUUUUGCUUUUGGCGCGCUGCAAUGGAAUCCCAUUGUGUGCAUCCUUCCUGCUGCUGAUCUAGAGAAGAUGGAUGGCUCUGGCAGCGAAACACGGCAUCCUCUCAUUACGUGGAAGUCUUGUGUCGUCUCGGAGGAUGGAUCCAAGGCGGAAGAAACGAUGCAAAUGAAGGCAUCAUCUAUUUCGUUUGACCGAUUUGGUGACACGGUCAAGUAUCGCUUUGAAGUAAAAGGAUUUGAGCAAACCACGAAGGAUGAUGUGAAACAGUGCCAGCCCAAGGAUUUCUCAACUUCCAACGUCCUCACAAUGCAAGAGCUUCGAUUGACAACCCGUGUGAAAUGGGAGACAAAAAGUUUCAAAUGGAAAAGCGACAGUUCUGGACUAGCCACCCGUACAGUUGCGAUGACGUUCAUGUUCGAGAAAGAGGAAUUGAAACAUUCAGACAUUAUUCAGAUCGAAAUCUUUGCACCCAAGACGUCUGACAUCGACAAAGGCAAGACCCUGAAGACUGCUGUGGAGUGGGGCAAACUGGUUGUCGACGCCAAUAUGAAAUACCAACAGCUGAUUCGUGAAAUGUAA